AUGGAUCUUUCCAACGCCUUCCGCAUCAUCAACCUUGGUGUUGGUGUCAUCAUGGUUCUUGGUGGUAUCUCGCAGUUCUUCCCAAUCACAUUCCAGUCUGUUGUCAUUGGCGUCUACGUGAUCCUCUUUGGUCUUGCGACCGCUCUCCUUGAGUUCCAGAUCCCGCCCCAGGUCUCCCGGUACGCGUCGUUCCUGUUUUCCUUCAUCGGCCGUGGUAUCUAUUGUCCGCCUCUUGUCGCUGACCCAACCCCAGUCUACGUCUUCAUCGGCUCCAUCCUCCUGCACGACCACACCCUGCGCAUCAUUGCUGGCUCCAUUGUCGGUAUCAUCGGCCUGGUAUACUGCGUGCUCGAGUUUAUCCCGUCGAUUGAGCCGCCUGCCAACAUGCGCGAGGCCGAUGCUGGUUGGGGUGCCGAGCAGGUGUAA